CAGUAAGACAGGCAGUUGGUCUGGGAGACGCAGACCACGAGCCCCCAUAGUGCUCAGUUACAGCACCCUGCGACUCAACUCGUGAGGAAAAAACUCAGCCAGGGUUCAGUGUGACUGCUGCCAAACAUCAGGAGUUCUACAACAACUUGUAGAUCUGAUCAUGUUCUGCUCAUUCAAGAACCCUGGAGAUCAAUCGGCAGCCAUUAUCCUCAGCAUUGUUGGUGAUUCAGCUAAUCGCAUGCUGACAUCCUGUUAUAGGCGAUAGAAUCGACAGCGCUGCGAGGACGAUGGGUGGGAAGCAAUCUCGCGGAUUCUCCAACAAGGAGCUGAAUGAGGUGAGUCAACGCAGAAAGAGUUCCGGGAGAGACGACCAGCCCAGCGUGUCCUCGGCCGCCGAGAGGAUCCGCAGACACGCCACGGUGCACUUUGGCUACAGCACCCUCAGCCUGGCCAUGCGAUCGCUCGAUGAGACCCCGUCUGAGCUGUGGGAGCUCCGAGAACUGCAAAAGCUAAACUUGUCCAUGAACUGCCUGUGCUCUCUGCCCUCUGCCCUGGGCGCCAUGAACAAUCUGGAGAUCCUCAACCUGUGGGGUAACAACCUGUCCAGCCUCCCGCCUGAGAUCAGCCUCCUGAAGAAGCUGCGUGUGCUCUUCGCCUGCCGCAACCGCCUGAGCGAGGUCCCCGAGGAGCUGGGCUCCUGCAGCUGCCUGGAGGUGCUCAGCCUGGCCAACAACCAGAUCACAGGCCUCCCCGGCAGCCUGGCGGCCAUGCACAAUCUGACCAAACUCAACCUCAGCCACAACCGCAUCGUACACAUCCCCACCUGCGUCUACAGCAUGAAGGGCCUGGUCUUUCUCCACCUGGCAUGCAACCGUCUGGAGACCAUCGCGGACCAGAUCCAGGACUUGGUUAACCUGAAGAUCCUCAUCGUGGAGGGAAACAGCAUCCACACACUGCCUAAGACGCUGUGCUUCCUGGAGUCUUUAGAGCUACUCAAUGUUGACUUCAAUGACCUGCAGAAUGUGCCGAUGGAACUGUACCUACUGAGCCGGCUUGGGAGGUUGGCCUGCCACCCGAUGGAUAAAGGACUUCAUAUUAUCCACAACCCCCUCCUCAAGCCUAUCCAGGAGGUGCUGCAAGGAGGACUCAGUGCCCUCUAUAACUACCUCAAGCCCACGUGAGGGACUACCACUGUGUGUGUGUGUGUGUGUGUGUGUGCGUGUGUGUGAGUGUGUGUGUGGGUGUGUGUGUAAAAUGGGAUGUUGGCACAAAUCGGCACGUGGUAGUCAUGCCGUGAGCCCUAGCUGUUUCCACAAACAGACAAAUGAGCAUUACUCAGUAUUAAUGUUUCCUGUUUUUUUUUAUGUGAUGUUAAAAAUAAACAAGUAACUGCUGUG